GUCCUUUCUGGAGGUUUACAGAGCGCUCUCGGCUCGUAGAGUGUGCAAUAUGGGGAACACGAGCAGUGAACGACCCGUUCCCCACAAGGUGCGAAGAGAUAGCACUGGGGCAGCGUCCAAAGGGGAAGACAGAGCUAAAAUAUUAAUGGACAGCCCUGAGGAUGCGGACAUGUUCCCUGUGGGGGAGAGUAAGGGUUCCGCAGAAAAGGAUGAAUUUCUGGCUUGGCAGCAUGAUUUAGAAGUAAAUGAUAAAAUUCCCUCUCAAGCCAGACCGACUGUAUUCCGCUGGACUGGAGGCGGCAAAGAAAUCUAUUUAUCGGGGACCUUUAACAACUGGGCAAAAAUCCCACUUAUAAGGAGCCGCAACAACUUUUUUGCAAUAUUGGAUCUUCCAGAGGGAGAACAUCAGUACAAGUUCUUGGUUGAUGGCCAGUGGACCCAUGAUGCAGCUGAGCCAGUAAUAACCAGCCAGCUUGGCACAGUAAACAAUGUCAUUCAAGUUCAAAAAACAGACUUUGAAGUAUUUGAUGCCCUGAUGGUGGAUUCCCAAAAAGUUUCUGACUUAUCAGAUUUAUCCAGCUCUCCGCCUGGGCCUUACCAGCAAGAUCCAUAUAACUGUAAACUAGAGGAACGCUUUAAAACACCCCCUAUCCUUCCACCACACCUGCUUCAAGUCAUUCUUAAUAAAGACACAGGCAUUUCCUGUGACCCAGCAUUGCUUCCAGAACCUAAUCAUGUUAUGUUAAAUCAUCUGUAUGCCCUUUCAAUUAAGGAUGGUGUGAUGGUUCUAAGUGCGACCCACCGUUACAAGAAGAAAUAUGUUACCACAUUGCUGUACAAACCAAUAUGAGUGUGUUCAAUCGGUGCUAUGGAUUUUCCACUUUUUUACCUGUAAUAAAUGUUAAAUAUUUAAAAAGCUAUAUUGUGUACAACCAAAUUCUGUCUGUCAAACCUUUUGACUUAAACAAUUAUAUUUAAUAAUAAUUACCUGAUGAAAGAUUGUAGCUCACCUUUGCAUCAUUUUUAUACAAUAAUAGGACUAGCUGGAACAUUGUAAUUCCGUCUGCAUCCCUGCAUUUCUUUGCCAGAGCAGUCAUUUUGAUGGCAGAGCUCACAGGUAUACAGAGCCCCUCGCAUUCAUAGAGCCACACUAAGAUCACACAGAGAGCCCUAUUUAUGCAAAUUCGAAUUUGUGAGGUUUAGAGCAUAUUUCUACUUUGAAUAAACUAACAAUUAAAAAAACCAAAAAAAAA